AUGACGUCGACUGAACGGGUUGCUCUCGCUGCCGCUUUUCUGGCGUGUUUCGUCGCGCUUCUCGCCGUUCCUCCAGGCGCAUCCGCCACUGCUCAGAACGCGUUUCUUGUAGACAAAUCCAAGAAGCUGCGUGCCGCUGCAGAUCAAGCCGCGACGGACCUGAAAACCGCGCAAGCGGACGCCGCCAAAAACGCGGAGGAAGUAGCCGCCGCCGAACAAGCGCUGUCCGAUCUGCAGAGCCCGGAAGAUGCGGCUCUCAACAACCUCGUUUCAAGCGUCUCCGACACAAACAAUAGCGUCGCCGAUGCACAGUACGAUCUCGACAUUGCGAACAAGGUUCUUGCUCUUCGGAUCGCGGACCUCGCAACGUUUAAGGCCGAUCCGUCUAAGCACCCGCAAAUUCCGGCAGCGCAGAAGGCGGUCAGCGACGCUACUCGGCGUGCGAGCAUGACGACGGUGCUGCUACAGGAAUGGCGGAACGUCGUGCAGGAGGCAGCGCAAGAGGAAGCUGACGCGGAAAAGGCUCUCAAGGCGAACCCGACCUCCGACGCGGCGGUGGCGGCGCUCGCAGGAGCGCAGGAGCUGCGCAAAUCUGUGGAGGAAGUUUAUCCGGACAUGGUGGCGCAGGAUCAGCGCGCGCAGGCGCGGCUGGAGCGCAUGCAGAAGGAAUUGAACGAUCUGAUCACGCUGGGUCCGCAGGAAGAGAGCAUUUUCCAGAUGGCUGUGGAUGACGCAAGAGCUGCGGUUACCGUCUCCCACCAGGUGUACGACGAUUUGCUCGCGGCUGUCGCUGACGCGCAGAAAGCGGUUAACGAGUACCAGACGAAGAAGCAAAAGGCGGUUACUGAAACGAAGUCGCGCUUGGCGAAGGCAAAGCAGAGCCAGGCUGCCUCUGACAAGAAGGUGACUCAGCUCACGGAUAAGCUCAAGGCUGCCCUGCAGUAG